AUGAUACUAGGUCCAAUAGCAAAAACCAAAGAUGACUACGAUAAUGAUAAUAAUGAACAAGAAAAGAUUGACGAGGAUGACGAUGAGGAUUCUCAUGUACAAGGUCUCAACAUCGUCCUCCUUCCUCACCAAGUGCGCGGUGUUGCAUGGAUGAUAGACCGAGAGGACAAUGAAAGGAGCUUGGGUGGUAUACUAGCUGAUAUGGGUUUAGGAAAAACCAUCCAAACAAUCGCAUUGAUCGCUUCUACUAUGCCGUCCUGUGAUCCACACCACCAAAAUCAAACCCAAAGUCAUUCCGAGGUAUUCGAUAAGGAUCGUCGGGUGACACUAAUUAUCACACCCUUGGCUCUCAUCCAACAAUGGGCAACCGAGAUUCGUACAAAGACAGUGCCGGGAAAAAUGAAAGUGAUGGUACACCAUGGACCAAAUAGAACAAAAGAUCCAAUGGAAUUCUUAAAAUAUGAUGUCGUUGUCACAACCUACCAAAGUACGGCAAGUACAAGCAAAUUCUCAACCUUACGACCUGGAUGUGGUCCACUCUUCCAAAUCAAAUGGCACCGGAUCGUUCUAGACGAAGCACAGCAGAUAAAAAACAAAAGCACACGUUCUGCCACUUCAUGCUCCGAGCUCGAUGCCGAGAAGCGCUGGUGCCUCACUGGAACACCUAUUCAGAACCAUGUCGACGAAAUCUACAGCCUGAUACGGUUCUUAAGAAUCCAACCUCUGGCGGAUUAUCAGACGUUCAAAAAGACUAUUUCGAUUCCAAUUCUCUCUGGCCAGGGACAGAUUGCGCUUGAAAGACUCAAGGCGGUCCUCAUGGCCGUCAUGCUCCGAAGAACAAAAGAAGUCUUGAUAUUACAUUUACCCUUGAGGGACAAGCAGGAUAUCGUAUUAUCUUUUAGUCCAGAAGAGCGUGGAUUGUAUGAGCUGUUGACGGCCAAGACACGGGAUACUGUCCAGAAGAUCUUUCAUUCCGGAAAAGGAGAUCGAAAUUAUCUCAAUAUGCUGUGUAUGCUCUUGCGUCUAAGACAAGGUAAAGUAUAUAGACAUUUAGAUACUUAUAUGAAUGAAAUUGAAUUACACUCUUACAUUAAUGCGUGUGUGUGUGUGUAUAUUUCCCAUUUACCAAAAAAAAAAAAGAAAUGCGAUCAAGUGAAGGAGAAUUUAAUAUUAUAUCUGCAAUUGGCAUUUGAAGAGUCUGAAAAACCAGGAUCAUAUUGUUCAACCUGUAAAGGACAACUAGAACAGCGUAUUCGAUCAGCCUCAAAUGUUUCAAAUGUUUCAAAUGGUUCAAAUGAUGGACACAAUGGUCAAAUGAAGACAUAUCUCACAAGUACAAAGAUUGAAAAAAUGAUUGAAAUCCUGCAGAUGUCUAGACGAGAUCACCCUACUGAAAAGACGAUCAUAUUUUCUCAGUUUACGUCAAUGUUGAAUCUAAUGGAAGAACCUUUACGACAAUGUGGAUUCAAGUACUGUAGAUAUGAUGGAUCGAUGCCCAGUCAGCUGAGAGAAAAGAGCCUAGAGGCAUUAAGGACAGACCCAGAGUGUGUGGUCAUGCUGAUAUCUCUAAAAUGUGGUUCUUUAGGACUGAAUCUAACGGCCGCUAAUCGGGUGAUUCUGAUGGACAUUUGGUGGAAUCCUUCAGUGGAAGAACAAGCUAUUGAUAGAGUUCAUCGUAUCGGACAACGACUUCCAGUACAUGUGUACCGUCUCAUAAUCGACAAGACAAUCGAGCAAAAGAUUAUGAGCUUACAAGAUAAAAAAGCACAAAUGGUCAAAGGUGCUUUAGGUGAUGGAAUGAUCAAGAGUACUAAGCUAACUUCCAAAGAAAUCCGGUCUCUCUUUGAUCUCUAGAAAAAAAACCUCUCCCAAAAAAAAGAAUGCCUUGUUAUAUUCUUAUUAUUCUUAUUAUUAUUUAUAUUUACCAUUAUCAUUAUCGUUAUCAUUACCAUUACCAUUAUUUAAUAUUAGUAUUAGUAUUAGUAUUAAUGUCAAUAUCAAUACCAGCAUUAAAUAAAAAUACAAUACAAUAU